CACGAAAACCCUUGCGAGGUUCUGAGGGUUUCAAGAGCUCAAACCCGCGCGGGUGAUACAGUGAGGCGCUGCAAGCAAUGGCAUUCUCUUUCUCUUCGUCUUCCCCGCUAUUCCAAAGUUCCCAAACCCUAAACCUAACCCCAACAGCUGCCCAGCUGCCUCCGUCUUUCCUUACACAGAACCCGCAGUUUCCUUCCUUCGCCCAGCCCCAGUCGCAACAGCAGCCGCAGCAGCAGCAGGUGUACCUCUUUACGAACGAUAGGUCACCUGCGAGUUACAACACGAAAUUUGAGGAACUUCAUUCAGAUUCCCAGAAGUUCCUUCUUCAAAUCGAAGAACGCAUAAUGGAGUACAAGGAUGAGAGCCAAAGGUUAGAACAGAAUAGUCGACUUUAUGGCUCCUCAAUGUCAAGUGAUAGUUUUGAGCUUGAUGCUAGCCAUAUAUUGCAGGAAUUAGGAGGAAUCAGCGCUGCUAUGGACAGGGAAAAGUUUGUAGUGCAAGAACUAAUGUCUGAAGUGAAAAGCAUGAUGUGGAACACAGAAGUAGCUGUGCGUUCAUAUAUGCUUAUUAGGCCAAGAUUUGUUCGGCCAAAUUCAGAUAGUGUCCCUGCAAGUAAUGCUUUGGCGGGUCCUAUAAGUUCUAGCCCCAGCAAUCAAAUGGCAAGUAGUUCUAUGGCACCUCUCUAUGAUUUCUAUAGCGGGUUCCCAAAGAGACCUUCUCAGUUUAUGCAGUCUUCAGUUACUCAAUUUGAGAAUUACCUUUCUGAGUGCCGUCAGUGGGUUGAAGAGUUAGAGCAGCUUCUACUACUAGAUAGUGAAAAGAACUCUUUGAACUCAGGGUCAUCAUUACAGUCACUACCUAACAUUAUGUCAAAUGUUCAUGAUUUCUUUGUUCAUGUUGCUGCCAAGGUGGAGAGCCUCCAUCAAUACGUUGAGUCUAUGAAGACAGUUUAUCUUGCUGAACACCGGCAUCAUGGUCAUGGCAAUGACCCAUUUCUCGAAGCUGACAGACGAGAAACUGCUAAACGGGAAGCUGCUGCUAAAAGAGUUCAUCCAACUUUGCAUUUGCCUGCAGUUUCUUCUCAGCCAUCAACUCAUAGUACCGGUUUGCAUGCUAGUCCAGUGAUUCCUGCGUCAAGUGCUCCUCAGCAAACUGUAGUGAGCUCAGGUUCUUCCGGUGGUGGAUUUUCACUAUUUGGUUCUCCAGUUUCUUCUCUUGUUGUUCCAACGUCAUCAUAUCUCUUAACCCCAUCUGCAUCUGCUAUCGGUUCUACUAGCCUUCUUGGUUCAACUGGGUUUUCACAGCAAUCAACGAGUUUUGGGACUCCAUCAACAUCUCUUUUUGGGUCUAGUCAGAUUCCCUCUCUGUUUGGAGCCAGUACGUCAACCUUGACUUCUAGUCCAGCAAUUGGAAGCUCCUCACUAUUUGCAACACCUUCACUUACACUAGGUUCUACCACUGGUUCAGGGGCUAGCUUUGGUGCAGCAUCUCUGCAAUUUCACGUUUUGCCUGUGGAUAACCAUUGAAUGACAUCAUCGGGCAUCUUGUCAUUGGCACUGGAUUGAACAAGCGUUAUUGUGUAAAAUGGCUCAUCUAAUUUGGUGCAUAGGUGGUGGUGAUAAAAUUAACCGAGCAUCACUUUUUGUGCAUUUUUAAAGAUAUUUUAUUCAGGAGCAGUUGUUACCGUUCUAUUUCCAGCGGGUUAUCUGAAUAGCGAUAUGGAAGCUUCUCAUAGCUUGAGGUUUUAGGUGUGUGGAACAUUGAUUUCUUUAAAUCAGAUCUCUCAAAUUCUUGAUUAAAUUACAGCAUGUUCUAUCAGAUAUUGGGAUAGUUUUUUUGCUUUGUUCAGUCACCAUAAUAUACGCACAUUUGCUUCCUAAAACAAAGAUACCACCGCCUAUAUUCAACUUAUCAAAGGAGUAUAAGUGAUAUGUGAUAGAAACACAGCGAAGACUAGAAUCUCUCUUGAUUUUCUAGCUGUGGGUAGUGGCAGGCUUGAUCAUGGGACAGGAAGUCCUUGAUGCUCGGUGGUGAGCAGGUGGUAUGUGAAGCCUAAAGUGUCGAGCAUCACUAUAAAAGGUUGGGAAGGCUUCAACUUUGUAGGAGAUCAAGCAGGGGAUAGAGAGAUCUGGUGAAUGGAAGAGAAGGCAGCUGGAGGUGUUCAUUAGAGCAAAGUUUUUUAUCUACUCUAGGAAGUGAUCGGAAAGAUUAUUGAAAGUCACUGAAAUUGCGAGAUAGUUGAAUAUCAAUUUAUUGUUUUUUUUAAAUGAUUGAUGAUGGGUAUGAUGUUGAUUGACAAUGAUGUUUGCCAUAAUAUAGGCCUUGGUCGAUGGUGUCAAAUAUGUUA